UCCAGGCAUGCGCACUCUCUCUCUCUCACAUAGAAACAAGAAGGUCGCAGUUAGCAGCAUAGAACAGAAAUCAGCACUUCAUGAUGUUGGGACAGGCUAUACGGCGAUUCACGACGUCUGCUGUUCGUUCUUCGCAUUAUGCCGAAGGACCAGGGAAGAACCUUCCAUUUUCCGUGGAAAACAAGUGGCGUCUGCUGGGCAUGAUGGUGGUGUUCUUUGGCAGCGGCUUCGCAUUCCCCUUCAUUGUGGUCAGACAUCAGAUCUUGAAGAAGUAAAAUGUCUUUGACGGCCAUCAGCAGGAACAUAUUUCUUCAACAGACUUCUACAUGUGCAGAACAGUGGGACUCUAUCAAUCUUUGUAAAUAAAAUUACCUCAAAUAUGA